UCAACUGGACCUUGCAACAAAGAUCCCAAGGCAGUUACAUACGGUCCUCCGCUACUGUGUUCAGUUACCAUAAACUGCGAACAAACGGACUACCUACGAUUUCAAUUCUCUGAUGGAACCUUCGUUAAUAACGUAAGAAUGCGUGACUUUCGUCAACUCGCAGAUAUCCAGUGCGUCAGUGGUCAUUGGCGUUAUUAUGGCAUUGCAGAAUUUGACAACAAAGUACUGCGUCACGUCGUCUGUUAUUCAGUUGCAAUCCCAGUAGGCCCAUACCGCCCGGGGUAUGGUACAUAUGGCACCAUAAAGGAUUUGUGAAUGAGCGAUCAAAUCAAAAAUGAUUGUUUAUUCCUAUUUUUGGCUCAUAAUCCUCUGUUAACCUUGUAAUACUAAUGCUCAUUGGAAACGCGUAAAAGAUGGUCAGCAGUGUUCUACACAGAUC